AUGCCUCCUCGCACUCGAAAUAACCGUCCAUCAGCCAGUUCCAAGACUUCCAAGUCUGCCAAUCCACCAGGUCAACAAGAAGAAUCAACUCCGGGGACUACUUCAAAUCCUUCAACUCGUGGUACUCGGUCCAAGAGAGCUCCUUCACGCGCCACUGUCCCAGCUAAACGUGUCCGUGACGACACCAUUGAGAAUCUCAACAACCCAUCUACGAAUACUGCCGAGACCGGUGACCAACAACCGGACGAUCCCCAAGACUCACAACCUGAAAUGAAGGGAACUAAAGCUAUAAGUGCUUACACGAUAUUCCUCCAGUACUGUCUGGAUUGUUUAACUGAACCGAUGCCAUUAAAAGGUCAAGAGGAAGGUGGUGUCAUAUUGGGUGAACGUAAUCGGAAGAAUGGGAAACGAUGGCGAGCACUUACUGAAGAUGAGCUGGCAAUGUUCGAUCCAACAAUCUUCUACGCGUUGGCUGGCAUGCCUAACCCCUUGUUAGAUUUGGAAACCGAUGAAAACGAAAAGGAUCAUGAUCAAGGGCAGCAAGAGGAAGGUGGCGACUCAUUUGUACCGGUUCCAACUGUUCACAAGCUGACGGUUGAGGAGGACGAGCUUUACCGGCCUAUUUAUGAACGGCUGGUCGAUGUGAAGAAGGUUGAAAACGAACUGGGAAAGCCUCCUACAGGUCCUUCCAAUUCACAGCUUCAGCGCAAAUCAAAGACGGCUAUCGAGAGGAUUGCUCAUCAGCUUUCAUGCGAAGCCCAUCGUUUAGACUUUGCCUACUACCUUGUGGCAACAAGCACACUCACUCCGAACAAGUCUGCUGAGCUGGGAUGGCUCAAGCAAUACACCACUCAUCCACAAAUCGCAACUUGGGCCAACAAAACCUGUCAUCUUGCCACUGUUUUUGCGACGUACUCACAAGGUGAAUCGAUGGCAAAGGCAAUUGCCUCCGUGAACAGCAAACCAAAACGACAACGUUCUAACAAGCAACAGCCUAGUGAUAAGAUCAAAGUCGAUUUAGGACGUCUCUUGGCAGCUAUUACACACAAAACCUUGGGUUACGUUCCGCCGCAGUCUUUUCCCCAGACUGCUGACCCGGCAGCGGAGUUGAAAAGAAGGUCUUUACCAAUCAAUAUGGUUCUUGCAGCAGGAUCAAGAAUGACUGACGAAAAGCUUCAAGUUGGUUUCAAGAAAAUGCGAUCGGCCACGCGACUUGAGUGGAUUAACGAUAUCAAAGACGGUAAUUUUCGUUUAAUAAAAUUGAAGGUUGGGUCUGAUGAGACCAUUGGGGAGCCGGUCUCUUUAGACGCUACAGAUAUUGAAACUGCGUUGAACACUCCCUCUCGCGCAUUAGACAAGGUGGUGGAUCCGAUCAUUAACAAUACUGGUGAUCAGCCUAAUGCAAGUCAAACAACAAAAGAUUCAAACAAAAAAAUACAAAGAGAUGAAAGUGAUUCCAAAGAAAGUGAUACUGUUGAGGAAGAAGAUUGA